CGUAAUGGCGGACGCGGGCCGGUUUAGCGCGGCUGGGGGCGUAGCGCGCUGAGGGGGGGGUCUGGCUGUGUGGCAGCUCGCGACGCGGCCGGCGAGAACAGACCCAGUGCGGAGAAGGGCGGCCGGCCGGUCUGCCCCUCUGUUGCUGAGGGCGACCGCGCGAGAGCAGGUUGUUUUUCAUCAUUCAGAACGUUGCCUGAAGCAGGUCCACCAUGCCGUUAGUAACGAGGAACAUCGAGCCAAGGCACCUGUGCCGUCAGACGUUGCCUAGCGUUAGAAGCGAGCUGGAAUGCAUGACCAACAUCACCCUGGCAAAUGUCAUCCGACAGCUGGGCAGCCUGAGUAAAUAUGCUGAGGAUAUUUUUGGAGAGCUCUUCACUCAGGCAAAUACUUUUGCCUCUCGAGUAAGUUCCCUUGCUGAGAGGGUCGACCGCCUACAAGUUAAAGUCACUCAGCUGGAUCCCAAGGAAGAAGAAGUGUCACUACAAGGAAUCAACACCCGAAAGGCCUUCAGAAGCUCUGCUGUUCAAGACCAGAAGCUUUUUGACAGAAACUCUCUCCCCAUACCUGUCUUGGAAACAUACAACACCUGUGAUACUCCUCCACCUCUCAACAAUCUGACCCCUUACAGGGACGAUGGGAAAGAGGCACUCAAAUUCUACACAGACCCUUCGUACUUCUUUGAUCUUUGGAAGGAGAAGAUGCUGCAGGACACCAAGGAUAUCAUGAAAGAGAAGAGAAAGCAUAGGAAAGAGAAGAAAGAUAAUCCAAAUCGAGGAAAUGUAAACCCACGUAAAAUCAAGACACGUAAGGAAGAGUGGGAGAAAAUGAAGAUGGGUCAGGAAUUUGUAGAAUCCAAAGAAAAGCUGGGGCCUUCUGGGUAUCCACCCGCCUUGGUGUACCAGAAUGGCAGCAUUGGGUCUGUUGAAAACGUGGGUGCAAGCAACUACCCACCACCACCACAGUCAGACUCCACUUCUCCGCCUUCUCCUUCCUUCUCUGAGGACAGCUUGCCUCCCCCACCAGCAGAAUUCAGCUACCCAGCAGACAGUAACCAAAGAGGGUCUGGCUUAGCUGGACCCAAAAGAUCCAGUGUGGUCAGCCCAAGCCAUCCACCACCAGCUCCUCCUCUGGGCUCUCCACCAGGCCCCAAACCUGGGUUUGCUCCACCACCUGCCCCUCCGCCUCCACCUCCGAUGAUGAGCACUCCACCCCCACCACCGCUUGGAGGAUUUGGGUCUCCAGGGACGCCACCACCACCUUCACCCCCAUCUUUCCCACCUCACCCCGAUUUUGCUGCCCCUCCACCUCCUCCCCCACCGCCAGCAGCUGACUACUCACCUCUGCCACCACCUCCCUUGUCCCAACCAGCAGGAGGAGCACCUCCGCCUCCCCCGCCGCCCCCUCCUCCGGGGCCCCCUCCUCCCCCUUUCAGUGGUGCAGAUGGCCAGCCUGCUGCACCUUCACCACUUUCUGACACCGCCAAGCCCAAGUCCUCCUUGCCUCCUGUGAGCGAUGCCCGCAGCGACUUGCUUUCAGCCAUCCGUCAAGGCUUUCAGCUGCGCAGGGUUGAGGAGCAGCGGGAACAAGAGAAGCGGGAUGUUGUGGGCAACGACGUGGCUACCAUCUUGUCACGUCGCAUUGCUGUGGAGUACAGCGACUCAGAAGAUGACUCCUCUGAGUUUGAUGAGGACGAGUGGUCGGAUUAACUCUUCUGCCUGCUGCCCGCUUCCUUUUUCUUUCCUUCCUACCUGCCUCCUUUGAUGCCUACCCCGACAGUCCCAAGGGGGAAAAAGGGAGGAAAAAAAGAAUCUCAAGGGUCCAGAGCCUUCCCUGAAGCAACCAAAGAUAUAUCCAAGUGCUUCCUCCAAAUCAACAUGUAUUUCCCAUCUCCCCGAGGUCAGGCCCAUGGGGCUCCUGAGGUUCAGUAGCUGAGAUGUUCCCUCUUCCCUUCAAGUGACUGUUGCAUAUUGAAGAGAAGGGAAAACCCCAAAGCAGAUCCCUUUGAUUGGGUUUAAAUUGGAGUUGGUGCCUUCCCCUAGGAGCCAUUUUCUGUGGUCUUCUUCUAGAAUCCUUGCCCUCAGCUACUUU